GAACAAAGUAUCCUCUCACAUCCUAUGUUCACAUACAUACUAUAUAUCGCAUCAUUUAAGUAUAAAAUGCAUUCUUGUGAAUUCGUGAAUUGGUUUAACAGUUAAUAGUUUUAUCAGUUCAUUGCAUAGACUAGGCAGGCAUGUCAUUUAAUCGAUAACUUAGUGUGCAUAUUUGUAUUAUUAUUAUUAGGUGAAAAGAAUUUAAUCUCAUGUGAUGAAUAUACUUGGGCCAUUAAAAUUUUGGUUUUACAAUGUUAAUGUUGCAUUGAUUAUUUAACUGGAAUUGUUAGUAAUGAUGGAAGAAGAACACGUUGGCCUUGAACUUUUAAAUAUUCUACCAACUGAGAUUUUACUCAAUGCAUUCAAUGUUAAAUUAUUAAAUCAAUGUUCAAUUUGUAUGGAAAAAUAUUCAAUUGGAGAUAAAGUGAUACGAUUGCCAUGUUUUCAUGCAUUUCAUUACAAUUGUUUUGUUGAUUGGAUUUUAGAGUGUUUAGAUUGUCCAAUAUGUCGGCGACCAGCCUAUGAAUUUGAAUAAUGCUGCUGUUGCUGAUGCUGUUAUUAACUGAAAGAAUUGAAUAUUUAACGUUUCAAUGACAGAAAGAAACACAGUCAGGAAAAAAAUUCAAAUUAUGCGCGCGCGCGCGUUUUUUCUCCUUCUUCUUCUUCUUCUUCCUCAUCUUCUUACAUUGAUUGAUCAAUGAAAAUAAUUCAUCAUUUUUUCUAAAAAGAUGUAUGUAAAUAGUUUUUAUUUUUGAUUUAUUGAUCUUUGUUUGAAUUGAAUUUUUUUGAAUACAAAAAGAAAUCGAUUCUG